AUGGCAACUCCCUCACUAUACUUCCGAACCUUCAAGGACUUCGACCACGACCCCAACGCCCUCAUAACCGAGGAGUUCAACCGCCUGGCCAAACUCCGCCUAUGGAAAGACGGCUCCCCGACCUGGAACAAGCAGUGGAACAGAUUCGUCAAUUUGGAGUACAACCGGCUGAUCGGGAAGAGGGAGCUAACGACGCUCGACGAAUGGAGGACGCUUUGCGAGCAACUCGGUCUAAAGGGCCCUUUCGCCUCCAUAAAGAAAUGCAAAAAGGCCAUGAAAGGAAUACAUAUCAACAUUGUGGACUUUUUGGAAGCGCGGCAGAUGGGAACCACGCCGCGGCGGUUUACCUCCAAGGAGGCUCUCUCGGAGUAUACCCUGACCACGAGACGAUUCUUCAACAGGAAGGUGGUCAAGGGGGAUAAGAUGCUGCGGGAGCUGUUGAAGAGCUGUAAUUAG